GCACUGUUUUCUGUUCCAGCAGUGAGGUAAAAUCAGGUCGUUUUGGAAGAAGAGAAGCCACACUGCAUCUCUGCUACACAAGAUUCCUCUGUCAUUGCCUUUGAGUCUUUCAUACUCCCUUCUCAAGCAUCAACUUUGUAUUAUUGAUUUAACCCACCUGGUUCUGUUCUUGUGAGCACAUGUCUCUCAAUGCAUCUCCUCUUCAUUUUGUCCCUUUUCCUCUGUUGAAUUAGAGAAUAUAUGUAGGUAACCCUAUCAUCAGGAAGAGAAAAAACAAUGGGGUUCCAAAAACUGAUUUCCCAUAUCUUUCAGUAGCCAGGCAGGACUUUGAUAGUGGCAACAUUCUGAGUACAUAAGACUCGCACUUCAAUCAUGAACCCUUAUCCCUUUCAGCCCAUUACCCUCCAAUAUAAAUGCCAGAACCUUCUGGGACUCUCCAUUAGCUUUUUCUUAUUUUAAAAUGUUUUUCCCAAUUCAGUAAGGCAUUUCCCUUUCUUUUAUUUUGUGGUUGUUUGAAAUCAAAUUCACUAUGAAUAAAAGAGGAAAAUAUACAACAUUGAAUUUGGAGGAAAAAAUGAAGGUUCUCAGCAGGAUUGAAGCUGGAUGAUCUCUUAAAAGUGUAAUGGAUGAAUUUGGAAUCAGUAAAUCAACAUUUUAUGACAUUAAAAAGAAUAAGAAAUUAAUUUUGGACUUUGUACUGAAGCAGGACAUGCCAUUAGUAGGAGCUGAGAAGAGAAAGAGGACGACAGGAGCUAAAUACAGUGAUGUAGAUGAUGCAGUCUACAUGUGGUACCAACAGAAACGCUCAGCUGGUGUCCCUGUUAGAGGCGUGGAGCUUCAGGCUGCUGCAGAGAGAUUUGCACAAUGUUUUGGGCGAAGAGACUUCAAAGCUAGCACUGGUUGGCUUUUUAGAUUUCGAAAUAGGCACGCAAUUGGGAACCGAAAAGUAUGUGGAGAACAGAUCCUAAGUUCAGCUUCAGAAAAUGUUGAGCCAUUUAGACAAAAACUGUCUAUGAUAAUCAAAGAGGAGAAACUGCAUCUAGCUCAGGUAUACAGUGGGGAUGAGACUGACCUCUUUUGGAAGUCAAUGCCAGAAAACACUCAGGCAAGUAGAAAAGAUAUCUGCCUGCCAGGAAGGAAAAUAAACAAAGAACGGUUAUCUGCCCUUUUAUGUGCAAAUGCAGAUGGAACCCAUAAGUUAAAAUCCAUUAUUAUUGGCAAAUCAAAGCUGCCCAGAAGUGUGAGAGAGGACACAAGUACAUUACCUGUGAUAUAUAAACCUUGUAAUGAUGCUUGGUUCACUAGAGAAUUGUUUUCAGAAUGGUUCUUUCAAAACUUUGUUCCUGAGGUUCGGCAUUUUCAAAUUAAUGUCCUAAGAUUCCAUGAAGAGGAUGUCAGGGCAUUGUUACUUCUGGAUAGUUCCCCAGCUCACCCUUCUACCGAAUUACUAACCAGUGAGGAUGGUCGAAUAAAAUGUAUGUUCUUUCCUCAUAACACUUCAACUUUGAUCCAACCAAUGAAUCAGGGUGUGAUCUUGAGCUGCAAACGACUUUACAGAUGGAAGCAACUUGAAGAGAGUCUGGUAAUUUUUGAAGAAAGUGAAGAUGAGCAAGAGAAAAGAGAAAAAGGAAUUUCCAAGAUUAAAAUCUACAACAUAAAAAAUGCCGUUUUUAACUGGGCAAAAAGUUGGGAUGAAGUAAAACAAAUAACCAUAGCAAAUGCCUGGGAAAAUCUUCUUUACAAAAAGGAACCUGACUAUGAUCUCCAAGGCUUAGAAGGUAGAGGUUACAGAGAGAUUCUUGAAAAAUGUGGUGAGUUGGAAACAAAGCUGGAUGAUGAUAAGGUGUGGUUAAAUGGAGAUGAUGAAGAAAAAGAUUGUCCUACAAAACCUAAAGGUGUAAUUACAAAAGGAGUUGUCCAAAGAGAAGGAAUCGAGAAGCAGGCUGCUGAAUUUAAGUUAUCUGCUGUGAGAGAAAGUUUGGACUACCUUAUUAACUUUGUGGAUUCCACACCUGAAUUUCAAAAGUUUCACUUCACACUGAAAGAGAUGCAACAAGAAGUAGUCAAGAAACAGUUCCAUAGUAGAAUUCAUUCGAGAAUUGGUAGUUUUUUGAGACCUAGGCCUCAUAAUAUUAAGGAUACCUUCAAUACACCUUCAACUUCUGGUUCUAGUAGUUAAAUUUUGUGUUUAAAGAGUUCUGCAGUUAUAUGAUCGUGUAUUAUGUAGGUCUACCGUGAAUUGUCAUUGUUUUUAUCA